UAAGGCCCCGGCCACUGUUUCUCUUGGUUAUCCAUCCGGAAGGGCUGGCUGGGGCCGGGCCCGGGGGUGAGGCGGUAGCCGUCCAGGUGCUGUGCCUGUUGGACGCGGAACCUGUCACGUGUCAGCAUCUGUGUUUUGUUUUGUUUCUUAUUUCACAGUGAUUUCUUUUGUUCGGUCGUUGUGCCGUUAACACAGCUUCUUGUGUGUGUGCCUCUCUCUUAUCCUUUCUUUUUUCUCUCCCCACCUCUCUCUUCCCUACACCCUGUGUUGCAUGUGGCUGCCCCAGGGAGUAAAGGGCCAACCAGGCGAGAAGGGGGCCCCAGGAGAUGCCGGCAUGUCCAUCAUUGGUCCCCGCGGCCCCCCUGGUCAGCCGGGCACUCGAGGUUUUCCUGGAUUUCCGGGUCCCAUCGGGCUAGAUGGAAAACCGGGCCACCCCGGACCCAAAGGAGAGAUGGGCCUGAUGGGUCCCCGAGGACAGCCGGGACCUCAAGGACAAAAAGGAGAAAAGGGUCAGUGUGGAGAGUACCCACAUCGGCUGCUGCCUCUCCUCAAUUCAGUGCGACUGGCUCCACCCCCAGUCAUAAAAAGGCGGACCUUCCAGGGUGAACAGGGCCAGGCUGGUAUCCAAGGACCACCGGGGCCACCAGGCCCCCCUGGACCGAGCGGACCUCUGGGGCCCCCGGGACUGCCAGGGCCCAUGGGGCCACCCGGCUUACCUGGGCCUCCAGGACCAAAGGGAGACCCAGGAAUCCAGGGCUACCAUGGCCGAAAGGGAGAACGAGGCAUGCCGGGGAUGCCGGGCAAACACGGAGCCAAGGGGGCUCCCGGAAUCACCGUGGCGGGGAUGAAGGGUGAGCCGGGGACCCCAGGAGCCAAGGGUGAAAAGGGGGCUGCAGGCUCCCCCGGGCUGCUCGGCCUCCUGGGGCAGAAGGGAGAAAAAGGCGAUGCUGGCAACUCCUUUGGAGGGGGCAGAGGGGAGCCCGGCCCCCCAGGGCUACCUGGGCCCCCAGGCCCAAAGGGAGAAGCUGGUGUUGAUGGCCAGGCCGGCCCCCCAGGACAGCAAGGAGACAAGGGUGAGCCCGGAGCAGCCGGAGAACAGGGACCGGCUGGCCCCAAGGGCAGCAAGGGGGAACCAGGCAAAGAAAUGGUGGACUAUAAUGGGAACAUCAACGAGGCUCUCCAGGAGAUCCGAACGCUGGCCUUGAUGGGGCCCCCUGGUCUUCCCGGGCAAAUUGGCCCACCCGGAGCCCCGGGGAUCCCAGGCCAGAAGGGGGAGAUUGGACUUCCAGGCCCUCCAGGACACGAUGGGGAAAAGGGACCUCGAGGCAAACCAGGCGACAUGGGCCCUCCCGGUCCCCAAGGCCCCCCAGGAAAGGCUGGGCCCACAGGAAUGAAGGGUGAAGACGGACACGUGGGGAGCCCGGGAGAAAAGGGGGAGAAAGGGGAGACGGGGCAAGCAGGCCCACCGGGUCUAGACGGCCCAACUGGGGAGAAAGGAGAACCAGGUGGCCAAGGGAGACCCGGAACAACAGGAUUGCCUGGCCCGAUCGGGCUCCCGGGAUUUACAGGGGAGAAAGGAGAGCCCGGGGAGAAGGGAGACCCAGGAGUGGAGAGCACCCGCCAUGCUUCGUUCCCGGUGCUAGAGUCUGGAGGUUCCUGGGCCCCCAGGGCCAGAGGGGCCUCCCGGACCUCCGGGACUCCAAGGUGUUCCUGGACCAAAGGGGGAAGCGGGACUGGAUGGAGCAAAAGGAGAGAAGGGUGUCCAGGGAGAGAAAGGAGACCGAGGGCCGCUGGGAUUACCCGGAGCUUCAGGUUUGGACGGCAGGCCUGGGCCACCGGGUACUCCAGGACCAGUCGGAGUUCCAGGCCCAGCGGGACCAAAGGGCGAGAGGGGCAGCAAAGGAGACCUUGGGAUGACAGGACCAUCAGGAGCGGCUGGGCUUCCUGGUUUACAUGGACCACCCGGGGACAAAGGAAACCGGGUGAGUCUGAGCCUUUGCACUCUGGCUCUGCUUACUAAUGUCUUCAUGAUGUGGUGGAAUGAUCAAUUGGGGAUUCCUGACCCACCAUUGGCAGAUACAGUUUUUCCUGGCAAAUCAUCCUGAAUUAAAAGGCUUUAUAGUGAGGGGCUCACUGUGUAGCACGCAGGCAGCCUGAGGCCUAAUCCUGAAAUAGAAGCAUGGAUUUUUCCACAAGACAAGGGGAGACUGAAUCCCAGGGUGGCCAUCAGAUUAGCAUUGCCAUCCAGCAACGGGAGUCACGUGCCCAGCUCUCCCUAGGGUGCCCUGAUAAUGGACCCCUAAAUGGUAUUUUCUGAAACUUAGUUUCGCCAGGCAUCCCAGGCCACUGGUGAGAAAGAAAUAAAUUCCAGUUCCAAGCGCAAGCAGACAGCUGUUGUAAGCAGCCAACCCUUUAAAAAAUCAUCACGGCCAUUAUUUCUCUUGGAAAAAGUCAGCAGGACCAUGAAAUGAAUUGCACCUCCCGAGGUCCUCUGCUGUCCCUUUGGUUUCUGCCGUCAUCAGCAGGACACAAUUAUUGAAUGUCCACAGCACCCAUGGCCAUAUGGUGGUACACGGUGGAUGACACAAGACGCCUCUGGGCCCAGCAGGGACCAUUCAACUACACCCGACCGAGAGAUGACCACCGGGUCCCUUCAUAGAACGUCUCAUCUGCUGCUUCCUCCCAGUGGUUCUCGGAGUGUGGCACACAGCUCUUAGAGGCCCAAGUGCAUCUUCUAGUGGGUCAUAAUAUCCAAGGGUCUUAGAGGUAGACAAGAAUGAGUGGGGGAACAGAUGGAGAACAGGCCAGAAUCACGACAAAAUAUACUGAGCUCACGCAGACAGAGGCACAGCAGAUAGCUUUCAACCCCUGGUCUUCUGGCUGAUCUUCGAGCACUGAUAAGCGUGUUCAUGGCUAGAAAGUGCCAGAAUCUGUAUGCUUAUAUCUUGCUUAUAUCUUAUAUCCUGUCAUUUCAACUUAAGGUGUAUUUACUGAACUCCUUCUAUCCCUAAAUUGUCCUUUCUGGCAGCAGGUCAAAAGCAACUCAAUUUGUUCUGUGGCCUCUAUAAGUAAGAGGAAGCAGGCAGAGGGGCCCCUACUAAACUGUCCACGGAAAACCAAGUCUAGAAACCACCGGAAGAAACAGACCUACUUCCAGAAAUGUGCUGGCUGUUCAGGCAGGCUGGGAAGCCCACCUUCCUGACUGUGACCACCAAAAAAAUUGAUCAUUCCACCUCUUAGCUGGCACACUAAUUCCCUUUCUAAUUUAUUUCUACAGUGCUCUGGUUGUCUUUGUCAUACUCAAUUAAUACUUUUUGAACUAUUUCUUAAGACUUUUCCAGUUGGCUUGAGGCAGUGAGCCAUUUGGAGGCUGCAAAGCCAGUCCCCGGUGGCAGUGACCAUGUUGCCCUAGAAGACGUGGAGACAGGCAGAAAGAUGCCCAGCUGGAGGGGUGGCAGGAGACUGGAGGUGCUGAUGUAAGGGACUGGGGUUGCUGAAUGCGCCAGUGAGGUCCCAGGAAUCCACGGGAGAAUAUUUCUUCUCCACGACUCCUUCCUAGCUAAAAGUUUUACACACUUUCCCCUGCCCCACCCAUAAAUUAGCAAUAUGCCACUUAGUAAAAGUCAAGUCCGGCAAACGGUCAAGUUGCACAAGCCCACUUUCAAGCAUACCGUACGGGACAACUGACUUAUUCCGAAGAGCAGGUCUCUGAAUCAAGGAACAGCUUGUGUCCUCUAUUCAAGAGAUCUGACUCUCGGGAUGCCAGAAUGUGCUGGAAGAGCUCCCCCUACAUCUCACCUCCUCAGACAGACCUCUGUCUACCCCAGGCCCUAAUGGACCUCUGGGGAGAGAUGUAAGGGCUUGGUGAUAAAGCCUUCAAAACAAAGGAAGUUCCAAGCACAGUCAAUGCUUUGCCAUGGACAGUUUUUUUCCCUUAGGCUUGAAGCUCAGCGUAUUGACACUUUGGUCAAGGGAAAAGCCCAGAGGGGCUUAGAUGACAUUCUAGUUAGAAGCCCCACUGUUGCUCAUGAAGGUGAAGCUGCAGGUGGUCCAAGCCCCGCCCCCACCCGGUAGGAGAGGGUGGCUACCUGAGGUAGCUCUCAGACUUCGCCACACGUCAUGCCUGGGCCUCCGAGAGGCCCCCCGGUCGCUGCAGCGCAAGCCUGUUGCUCUGUCUUACGGUGAACCAAGGCGCCAUCUUAAACCUAGGCUUGCCUGUGUCCCACCAGGCAACGGCCUUGGAGCCUCUUUCCUGUUCGUGGAAGGAAGAAGGUCCUUGCGGUAGCCGGCAAGGCCCAGGGCCCCAAACAGGCACUUUCCUAAGGGGGACACACCGGGCAAUGGAAAGAAUGUUCUGUCCUUGUCGCAAGAGACGGUACUCUUCUCGGCCCUUAGCGGCCUCGUGCAUUGGGCCCAGGAGCCGCGUUCAGGAUGAAAAAGGCGGUCACAAGAUAAAGGGUGGCACGAAUUCGGCAAUCUGGCGUCAGGAAAAUUGGGUGCCGCGGUGGGACUGCCUGCCAGCCAGCCAGCCGGAAGGUCUGCGUGCACGCGGGGAGGCUGCGGUCACUGCGAGACACGCCGUCUGGGUGUGCAUGUGCUUGUGCAUGCGAGCGGCCUGCUCCCCCAGGUCCCCUUGCCUCCUUCCCUCUCCUUCCUCCAUUAUCUCUUUUGGCCUGGGCUGGACACUUCCUUCCUUCACUCCUUCGAUAUCUCUCCCCCUGCCCAACACGUUCACCCCAUUACCAUAACCCCAUACCCCUCAUCCUUUUCUUUCCACUCUCCCAGCUGCAAUUUAUUUCUUCUAAGGUCAGUUCAUGCAUCCCUAUAUUUUACAGAAGCCUCUGCUCCUCGACUUUAACUUGCCCUUUCCCCACCUAGAACCCCCUCUUUGCCAGGGCCUCUUUUUGUCACUCUUUGGGGGUGGGAGGCAGGGAAAAUGUAGGUAAAGCUAGUACUCUACUGUCUCCAGAGGGCGUCCGCUGUAAAGCCAUUUCCUGGGCCCUUAGAACAUGGCGCCCCGUGGUGCAAGCUGCCCACCUGGAAAGUCAGGACCACCGCCGACCCUCUGUUGCCCAGAGGCGAAUCAUCAGGGCCCUGGAACCCCACCCCCGCCAACCCCUCAGGAGCUUUGCCCACCCUCUGAACAUGGGAAGCUGUGUUUACUUUUACACUGACCGGACCCAAGGUGAAUAAGGGACCACAUUGCUGAGAAAGUUGACCGUGGGCUUCCCAUCCAAGCAGCCGGUGGUUUUGCUUGUCCACUGCUCGGGGACAGUUCACGCCAUCACGUUCUCACUGGUGGGCAGAGCUCAGGGCCAACACAGUCACACCUAACGCGCAUAUACACGUUCCCUCCUAAACACAGCAUUUUCCAAGUGAGGAUUUGCACUUCAGAAAACCCACUCAGACCAGUGCACUGGCCAUCACAGGGAACCCCUGGAAUCAAGAAAUGGGCGGACUUUCCAAAGAUUCGGGGAAACAUAAAAACUAUUCUCGUCCUUUGCCUCCCUCCGAGGAACCUUGCAGCCUUCCACUGCAGGAACACAGUAGACGUGACAGGAUCGUGUCCGGAGCCUCGGCUCCAAUACUGGCCAACAAGAAGUAACAAUCAUCAUUGGCAUCAUUGUGCGGCAACUCUCACCAGCUGAGCACGUGCCAUGUGUCAGUAUUGAGCACUUACCGUGCACAAAGUCAUCACACCAAAGUUUUGAAGCAGGUCAUAUUAUCCACGUUCUACAGGCUCAGAGAGGUUGAGUAACUUCCCCAAGACACGUUGCUAGUAAUAGGCAGAAAGCGCUCUGGCUCCAAGCCUUUGCUCUGAUCCCGCGCUGCCCGCCUUCGAGGUCUUGUCCACCUCGGGGAGCACAGUGGAAGCCCCCAGGCAUUUCGCCAUCGGCCUUCUGCGGCUGAGGAGACCGGUUCCCAAGAAGGCUCCCCACGGGCACACUCGGCCCCUUUGUAAGGAAACCCAACAUGUGAAAAUCCAAACUCAAAUUCAUUAAAAAACUCCCCAUUGCCCCUUUUUAAAUGGAGAGUGAUCCUGACGCAUACAAAGUGGGGUUCGAUUUAGAAAGAGGAUGCUUAGGGAAGUUUUGCAGAAACAAAUGAGCUCCUUGAACCAACCUGUCAAUAUACAAAUAGCUGCCUAUGAUCCGGACCAGGACGGGCCAGAGACGCACGUACAAUGAGAGGACCUCACUGAGAACCAGGAGCCACCAUGAGCCCCGGACACACACGUACACAUGGACGCUUGUACACUCAUGUGCAAGCACACAAUCGUACACGCACACACUUGUACAUGCAUGCCCAAGCACAUCUUCACACGCUCACACACACGCAUGUGCACACACACGCACACAAACACGCACACAUAUCCCAGGGUUCUAGAUAAAAUCAUCUUGCCUCCUAAUAGAAUAUCAAAGGGAUGAAAACCAACUGGGACAAAAGUUGCCAUGUCAAAGCCUUUUAAAAAUGGACCCUCGAAGAGAAGGAAGUGGGUCCUCUGUUCAUCACAGACCGCUCUGGGCUCGGUGCUAGCAACGCUGGCCACAGAUAGAUUCCAUCGACACUUCCCUCCACUUCCAGCUUUGAGCCCCACUGCUCCCUGUCCCCGGGCCUCAGUUUCCUCCCCUGCCCCCUGCCCACCUGCCUGAACCAAAGUCUCCAGUUUCUAGAGGAGUGAGGAUGGGCGCUGGCCUCAAAUCCUACUGGGAAGAAGAUCCUAAUUAAGAGACGGUAUUUUCCCUCUUUGAUUUUUCUUUUUUUCUUUUUCUGUUUCUAAACUUAACACGGGAAUGAUCCUAAAGUUUUGAUGUUAUUUUUUUCUCUCGGACUAAACCAUUAUUUACAGGGGGAGAGGGGGAAGAAAGGCUCUAGAGGGCCUAAAGGGGAUAAGGGAGACCAAGGAGCGCCUGGAUUAGACGCCCCCUGCCCGUUG